AUGCGGGAACUGGCGCAGACGAUCAACGAGGUAAAACGUGAUCUCGAUACACUCAGCAGUAUCGACCAAAUCCAGGCCAGGUAAGUGCUUCUCGGAUUUGUAACAUCGUUUCAUGCCCUUUUGAUCAUGAUGAUCUGGCAUCCACACCCUCACCUUCGGGUACCGUUAUUUACCCCUCGUAGAAAAACUCGCUAGACCAGCAUUAACUUGACUUAUACUACAUGGUACAUCGCUUCGUCUACAAGCACCACUCGUAUUUAUGCUAUCCGAGUCUGGAAUUCUCCUUCCUACAUUGCAUCCACGAACAACAAAGACUGUUAAACCGAAUGCCCUCUCUUUGUGACUCUGUUUGGCUUAUCCUCCCUAGUGAAUAUGCCAGCUUGAAAAUGGGACAUGAGAAGAUUACAUCUCAUACACCCUCGCCUUUCGCUCACCCAGUUCGUGCGGUCGACCACUUUUGUUCCAGCCAACAUUCCCAAUCUCCGAUAGAUAUUUAUUGGCAAUGAUCGGGCUUCACAUUCCCAGAAGUCAGCUGGUUUGACCGCUGGCCCACACAUGCGCACGCACAAAUAUUUUUCGCUUAACCUUGUGUCGACCAGAGGGACUACUGAAGUUAGGUUAAGGCAGCAAAGGCUAGCUACGUACGGCAUUUUUUCUGACCUUGCCCUGUGUGCAUGCUGACGCUCCGCUAGAUGCGUCUCUUAGCCUACCGUCCUUUUGAGUCUUCGUGACUACCGCGUAAAUGUGGGUCAGUUCAUGCGCAGAUUAUGCGCAAGCUAUUAGGAAGCGUUACUUUGUGUGACUGAUGAAAUCUUACCAUAGUAAUGAAUAAUUUGACCUUUUUUGCAUUCCUAGGCCCAACUAGUCGAUCCACAUACUGACUCCAGCACCAUGUUACUUCAAGUUUCCAUUGGCAUUUCAAGUUACAAACUCUGUUAUAUUCAUAUUUUGAGAUUUUUUCUGGGAUUCUAGAGAUUGUGUGUUCGUUCUACGACUACUCUCCGUCGACUGUUGAAUAGGCACGCAUUUUGGUACGGUUAUCUACGCUUAAAACGGUGUAGGUCGUCCUAAUUAGUUAGAAGGAGGUCUUUGUUGGGGUCGGGUACCAUUUGCGGUCAUCCAAAUACCUCACGGGAUCUUGGCAAGCGAGCGACACCCAUGAUAUCUGGUGUUCAGGUCUCGCGUCCCUCUGUUUAAUGGCCUUUGCCUUGCAUUUGCUGUUCUGGGCAACGGAGAAUUACAUACAAAUGCACAAAAACCCAGACAUACUUCAGUCUGACUCGAGGUAUCGUGACUUUGAUAAACCAGUAAGGUUCGAUGACUUAUUGCUGUUUCUGCAAUCAAGUGAAUCUACUUGAAGCAAGGGCUGCUAGCACCGUGGACAGUAGUCCCCAUGCGCAGACUGUCACGUGCUGCGUUUGGAGCCGAACUUUUUUUUCUAGAUCAACUUCGUGCAUUGCACCAGUUUGUCCGCGAACUUCAUCAAACUCCGCAUCCAACUUUCUGCUAACAAUCAAACCCUCAACGUUUUUAUCGAACCCCGGAUUUUUUCGCCAGUAAGCGCGCCUGCCUGCAACAGCUUUUCCGUCAGUCGACCCCCCCCACCCCCUUCUAGCUGACCUUGUUUACGCUGUGCAUCAUGGGCUGGUGUAGCAGUGCUGUUAUAGACCGGUCAAGUUGUAGCUGUGUCAGGUUGAUGUGGUCUGUUUUAACAAACUGAGUCUGCCGAGGGUGGCACACCACUUUUACAGCCAUAUUUUACACAGAAACCUGUCUAUCGCAGCGGCUCAAGGACAUAAUACUUCACUGCACAGACAGCUCGAGUUGGGUUGUAAGACGGUGAUUCCUCCCAGCAACUCCGAAACAUGACAGCAAAAUCGACUAUGUAUGACGGCGGAAACCAUUGGCCCGGGGGGGAUGGCGACCUCCAUAGAGCGGUCCGAAGGCUAUCAACAUACUGGCCAGGUGACAACUCGCCGAGUGACUCUGUUCGCGAUGUGAGUGGCGGCUUUGUUGUUGACGACCUGGCCAAGGUCGAGCGAUGGCGUGAGCACCUCAACUUCGAUUAUCAUCCACUUGCCUCCUCGCUUUCGUCUGCAACAGAAUUCUAUCUCUUUCCAGCCUCUUCAGUGCCGUGUGACUGCGUUUCUUAGGGGAAAAUCGCCGAUGCAACAUCGAGACUGCGUAACAAAGCGCCUAGAGAGGGCAGUACUCCCCACAGGUCCUGUAUCGGCACUUGCGCCCAACGAAGCGUGAUUCGGAGGAAGACUUGGACGCACAGGCUAGAGGCCUGCACUAUUGCGCAUUCUUGAAUUUCGUCAUGGCAAUCAGAAACAGGCGGCCGUGUGUGACCGCAGCGUUCGCAUGAGUCCAUAGUGGGUCCCUUUGGCGGCUGAUGGAACUAGAUGCUAUUCUUGGAAAAACCAUCGCUAUGACCAGGGCCUACUAUCGCUUUACAACUGCGCGAGUUCUUGCUCAAGGAAGCCUCCCAGUCGUUCGAUAUUCGAUCGGACAUUCAAGAAAAUUGUGUUCUGUCGCGUAUCCAAUCUGACUGCCUCGUUGACUGGCUUCUUGGAAGGGCACUUCACUGUUGCGGUGUCAAAUUUGCAUCCGGGCGCAGACUGACCUCGACUACGCCGACGAUAUAGUCCUGCUACCUUCAGGCCUUUCCGAACUACAUAAUGUGAUGUCGCCGUUGAACGAAGUCGCUAAAUGAGCCGGUCUAUCCAUAGACGCUGGGCAGACCAACGUAUUUUCAUGCUGCGUCCUUGACCAGAAGAAAACGCUCCUUGGAGUUAAUGCCUGUCAACUUGAGCAAGAAAACAGUUUAAAAUACCUUGCAGACGGACUUGCAGGCGACUAGUCAACGGGAUUACCAGGGUACAUCACUCCACUAGCUGUGUUGUGUCCGUUAUGACAUUUACGCCUGAGGUCCGAGCCGCCUUUUCCGUAGCUUUGUACGUAUAUUGGGGACCGGGUCGUGGCUGGCAAGCAUAGACAGGCUGUUCAGCCUCAUCAGUCGCUUUGCUUGCAUCGACCUCCGUCGUCUGGAUUUUAUCUUGUCAUGGGAACAUGCUGCAUGUGGUAAAAGAGAGUGUGAUAAAUGCUGCGUAAGUCGGCCUCGGUAGGAACUAAUUCACAUAUGAGUCACCGCUGUCAGGCCUACCUUAUGCGGCUGUGAUGAAGGUCGUCGUCUGAGACGGUCAAACUACGGCGUAUGCCAGUUAAGCUGUCAUGAUCCAAUCCAGUGCUGGUAGAGGACUUCAGCAAUGGCGCUCGACCGAAUUUAUUUAUGAACUCUCUAGCAAGCCACCAAUGUUUUCUGUUCCCUGGUAUUCUAGGACACUGUGAUACUGAACAACUAACAGUCCAACUAGUGGACUGUUAAUCUCCAUGACCGACUGAAUCCGAGCUUAAACCACGGCACUUCUCUGCCCGGUGCCAGGGCACGGCUAACCGAUCACGAUAAUUGGGCCAGAUUUGGCCAUUCCGGUCUCGAGUGACAGCCUAUACAUUUAUAGCUAAAUAUUAGGUGGAUUAGCUGAUCACUACUGGACAGUCUUUUAGGUCUUGUAUGCUGUGGCUUUCGCCAACUUCACUACAAUUUACUGAAGAACGGGAAAAAAAGAUAAGGGUAGUAGGUCCCUUUUUGCCAAUAAAUUAUUUUCCUAUUUUGGGGACGGAGGCAUCACCCCCUAAACCAAUGCCGCCUGUUCAAGAAUCAUAGCGUAAAUGUUCCCUUUUCAGAAAUCAAGGUUUAUAUCCUACCUUAUCACUCUAUUGUACAACAACAAGUAGAAAACUGUGGUUGAACGUUGGGAAUUCUUUUGCCAGUGAGGCGUAUUGACAGACUGUUGCUGUUGUUGGGUGGCAGGCGAUCACUGUAGAUAAUCGGCGUCGAGGUUGGUGUCAAGGGGGUGACACAGGUUCAGGAGUGAAGUCAUCUUAGGCAACAAUAAGAUGGAAGUGGCAGUUGGGACCGGCGUGCGUCUAGUGGGAUGUUGCAGCUGCCAACCGCGACCGUCCAGUUCACUGUGUCUCACUUUGAAGCCACAGACGCUCCAGAAAUCGACUAGCUGACGUCUGCUCACUGCCGAGCUGUGUGACGCUAUGCUUCCCAAGUGUCCACUCAGGGCGAUUCGGGCUAUAAGGCAAGUAUCACACACUUCAGAGCUUCUUAUAAACACUGUAUCACAAGUUUUACCGAACCCAUGAUACGUUUAUUGAUCCAACUAGGGUUAUGCUUCCUGUUCUUCUCAUCGGUCUGUGUCUUGGCCGCAUUUACUUAGAAAAACUGCAUUUUUUAACACUUUCGCCUGUAUUUGCAUCAGAUAAUUUGCCUAUUUUUCACCCUCCGUCCACCACUUUUCACUAUUUCAGCAUCGUCGAGAUUACUCUGGUGAGUUGUUCUCAUAACCCCGAGACCUGUUUUCUUCGCCAUUACGUCAUCUUUCUUCAGAAUGAAAUUUGUUUCAGGCAGGGCAUUCUGAACAGCCUUUUAGUGGAUGGAUGUGGCCAGACGACCGCAGAGGGAUUAUUUAUUCGCUGCCUUAUGACCUUUUGCCGUCUUGGUGCCCAAUUUGUGACGAACAACCAGAUACAUUCUGUGCUGUAGGGCGCAAGAUGCUCCGUAGUUUUACAGGUGUAUUGUGCGACUGCUUCAUUGAGUCCAGCAAAGUUUUUGUGACCAAUAGGAAAGGUAUUCGGCCAUAGUCGUUGUCACUCUCUCUGAAAUAGUAAUAUCAAUACUAAUAAUAAGUAACAGUACCACCAUAAUCAUCGCGACCAUUGCCCUCAAUCUGUCAUCAUGCACACGGUGACGUAGUCGUUGACACCCCCUGGAGCUUGUUGUAAUUCUCCCCCACAUGAUUACCAUAUGGUUGGACUAACUGGCAUAGCAACUGCAAAACAAACAGAGGAAGAUUGCGAAAACGAGUUAAUGGGUCACGAGGAGCCGUCGCAUGCCUUCCAUGGAUUCCAAUUUUCAGUCGUUUCGCUGCGCUCUUUCCAUCUGAUCCAACCAGCUUCGACGAGCAGGCGUUAGCAUGGUGGGCGUUUUCUGGUCAUCAAGGGACAAUUUUGCUCAAUCAAGUCUGAUUGAGUUUAUUCCAAGUUCCCUACGAAAAAGAGGCGAGAAUGCAAGUUCUGCGUUUGUGUUUGAAAAGAAGUGUGCUCGGUCUUUUGAAUCACCGACUUAAUUGGCCGAGCUUUUGGGGGACGGCUAUCAAAGACAAUGAGGAAACAUUAACUAAGGGGAUUGAAUUUACAGCUUCUUUAAUUAAAGUACUCACAGUUCAGUCCUUGGGACCGAUAUUGUCAGGUAGAAAAUCGGGCCUUAGAAAAUCUGCAAAGCACAUCCGUCUAUAUUUGAAGUAUACUGGAACAACUUUAUGCUAAUAACAAAUGAGGUGAUUUUGCGGUGUCUGACUACUUGUGUGCUACUUACACCACUGACGGAAAACUAGGUCGCCUCUAUUAAUGAGAACGCAACGCAUGAUAGGUGGCUCAUGGGCUUAGUGUAGGUGCAGGCAUCAAUCUCUCACCGACCUUUCUAACACCGACCGGUACCUGUUUCCGGGGUGUAGGCAGCUGCUGAGAACUACAGGGCCUCGCAUCGCUGUUUCCUGCUCGCAUAUUUGGUCUUCCGUUGGUCCGGUCUGUUCAGUAACAGCGCCGUCUCCGGUGUGGAAUGUGAUUGGCGAUGUCGGUUUGCUCAUCUGCAUGCAAUUUGUCUUUGAUAUACCCUACUCUGUUAGAGGGACGCUCACCGAUCGCGUUAUCGGGCAUGCUCAUUCCGUUGCGCCUUGGGACUCAAUUUAGAGCCUCUGCUCAAGUCAGCUUUUCUUUGACGGUUCAUUGUGUUUGUUGCUGGACUCCCUGUAUGUGUUUGAAAGCUCAGACACAUUCGGACAGUUCCAGUGACUGACCCUGCUUAUUUGCAAAUGUAAUUACAGACGACAAGCAAAGCACCCAGUUGCUCUGCCAAAUUCAUACCCACUGUCUUCCUUAACGCCUGUGGCCACUCAACUUUGGGAUUCGGCUUUGUGCGUGAUUGCAGCCCGGAGACUCCAAAACACCAUCCUUUCUGAUGAGUUACCCUGCCACGGAUAUGCUUAAUUAUGCCACACCCCAUGCCUGCGUGGUGUCAGCCACCUUCCGUAGUGGCGGUGCAAGUUAUACUUCUUUCACCUUCCGCACCUGUCUUUUAGCGCGUGUAGCUUCCGAACUAAAGGCAACCGAUUUUACGCUGGAACUUCAGCACCUCUGAUCACUUCGGCUUGCGAAUGUCGAUCCUGCUUCCCCUUUUUAGCCCUGGUCUGUAUUUGUUAAUGAAAAAAGCAAUCCACUACUUCACCCUCACGUGCACAAACGCAGGCACCCACGGUCAACUGCGGUCAUCGGACUCAUGCGCCUUCAUUUUUUGCACCUUUCCCCCUCCUCAUCACUCCAUACGGACAUGCCUUACACAAGCUCUUUCUUAGCCUCAUGCUUAUGUCUUCGGCGGUUUCCCACUCAAACAUGUACUUACGCUUCGAAAUUAAUUCACUGUAUAUUUGCCGUCCCGUCUGCCGUCGUGUAUUUCCUAAAUAUCACAUUGAGCAAAUCCUGAGGUUGGUACAGGUUUUCCGACGAUGAGGUCGUUAAGCCAUUUUUAAAGGACUGUCUGGGUAGUACGUGUCAUCUCGACAACGAAUUGUUCCAUGUCUAUCGAAUAUGUUGUGCAGGCGAUAACGUAUCAGUAAAAGUCCAUGUCGAUCUCUCUCUCGUAGCAACGGUAUGUGCCUGAUCGCUGUCCUAUGACCCAACCACUGUUUUGCCCAUCCUUGUCCUUAUUCGAGCAGUCAUGCAGCAGCGGUUUUUGACUCCCAGAACUUCAUGAUAACGCACACCCUUAGUGCCCCACCAAAUGCUGGACGUGGCCUUCCGUAAAGGAGGCUGUCCCUGACAGCUGUUUUACUGUAAUAUCCUGCCUCUGGACCUUCCCCCCAUAUUUAACGUAGCUUCCCCAAAUCCACCCCCUAUCAGACAUUUGUGCGCUUUUCCGUGGACCAGCAAUCGGCCUUAUGUACCACCAAGCAACGUUUCGGUUGCAGUCGAACAGCCUUUAUCUCAUGUGAUUAAUUUGUUUGGGCCGUUGACUUCUGUCGAUACUAAUAAAAGUAUUUAAACUCUCCCUGCCUCCCCUCCCCUCCCCGCCCACACCACACGUACGCCUUAAACCGUGUGCGCGGCGGUUGAACUGUCAUCCAAGUCAGUUUACGAUUUACGGCGCGUCCUUUUUAUCUGUUGCCGUAGUCAACCAUUUACGCCCCUCUAAAAGGCAUGCUGCCUCGUGGAACUCGGUAUAGGUAUAUGGGGCUGUAUCCUAACAAUGGGACUAUACGAUCCAGAGACCAGCAGUGACCAAGUACUCAGAUCGCCACAAUAAUCUGACCAAGUUCCGCCUAGGGAAAUAAGACAAAAGAGACCGGAAGGUGGGAUUUACUACGCACAGAACCCCGAGCUGCUGUCUCAGCGGCCGCCGCUGGUGAGACCAGGGCGUGCGUUGACGAUGUUAAGUCAUACCUGCGAGAGAAACCAUGGUCUCAGCUGCUUUUAUAAGUCUGUGGGAGCAAGCUCAUGUGUAUUGUGUUCAAGGGGGGGGGGGGGAGCGGUGUGCGUAGGUGCAUUAUCUGAGGGGCCGUGUGCUUAUUGGUCUGUGUUGCAUUGGCUGAAUGCGCGUGUGCCCGCAUGCUGCGGCCGGUCAGACUGCAAUGUCAACGCUUCAGCAACCGCUUACAGGUACAGCGAAUGAUCUUGAUUCGGCCGUGUCGUAGCACGUGUUGACGGAGACCUCAUGCCUACUCCUCCCUGAUUACCUCAACUUUCACCAUAUCACCUCCUGCAGAGAGAGUGACCUACACUGCUGCUGGCGGCCCAGGCAAAUUUUAAUCCUUAUCGCAGUAAGCCCACGUCGUGACCAACGGAACGUCGGAUUUGCCUGGGAUGUCUGAGCAGCCCUAAGCACGGAAGCUCAGCCUACCCCUCACGGCGAAGGAACUAGAAAAUACGCCCCAAAAUCUUGGCUUACAAACUGGCAGUGACUCGUAGACGCCAAACACACAGUCAAAACACUACACAAAACAACUUUCGUUCCCACCCUCCUAUUCCUCCCAUUAGAGUGACCACGUUCAGUCUAGUAACAGCAUAUCCGUCUUCUUUUGGAUACCACUGUAUCCAACCGGCUAGAGGUGGGUCACCCAAGUCUUACAAGAAGUCGCCAGUUUCACUGGGGACAUCGUCACUCAGUGAGAUCUCCUCUUGGAAAAGUGGUAGCUGAAUGAGAUCGGUCGCAAGUAAGCUUGUCAUUUUUUUGAAGUCAGCCCCGCCAUUUGGGCUGGUCUUGUUUGGAAACUGCCUUCUUUCAAUAGGUUUUACGCUCCGGGGAAGGGGGGAGGCUGUUACCGUCUGUCAGCGCCCGUGGUAAGCAAAAGAUGAUACAGGGAGAAGUUCUACGACUUCCCGAUCACAAGGAGACAGUAUGGAUCUCACGAAUGCCACCUGCUGUGCAUGUGCUCGUCGGGGAGCAUGAUCGCUAUUUAACGUAUUCAUGACAAAAGCGGAGACCUGUGUUGAGUAGUGGACAGACCAUCACCAAAAAUGAGGCUGCAAAUCCAACGACGGAGACGGUCUCAGGGGGGGGAGAAGGGGCCGAGUGAAUGAACUCAGGCAAUAAGAUUCCAACCUGAGCCACUAGUAUGGGUCGCUGGCAAAUCUUAGAGGAAGCAGGUGUUGAGUACGAUUGACAGAUAUCGCGGGAAGCCGACCACGCUGCUGCAACUGAAGCCCACGGACCUGCACGCCGAAAACACCAAGACUGGUUUAGUACUGACUGCGACAAAUAUUACAAAAUAAACAAUCUCACUGGACCUGCACAACCAAAACACAGAGCGUCCUUGCUCAGUCUCUCUCUUUCGUUCCAUGCUCUUCGUAGUGUUUAUGGACACGCCCCGAGAGGAUCAGACAGGCAUUAACACAAACUGUCGAACCGACUGGAGACUAUUUACCAUCCGCCGUAUGCAGGCUAUCACAAAACCUGGAUCAGCAUUCAUGACCCGUUGUAUGCCAACGACUGUGUGUUUGACAUCACGGUUGAAGUAAAGGCCGGUUAUUUUCACUCCUGGAUACACGAACUUCGGAAUAACCAGCAGCACACAACAAAAACGUUUAUUAUGCACCACUUGGCGCCAACUGUCAAAUACACCGAAGCCACGGCAAAUGUCAAUGGUAAUAAUCUCGCAACCGCUUGUAACUCUCCUGGGCAGUGCCAACCACCGAGAUCGAUGGCGUGAUUGUAGCCCGAAUUUUCGUAGCCAACCCGUCUUUUUAGGGCAACAGCAUUCCGCGGAACCCUCUUCAGCACGGAACUCAGGAGGUGUAGGACCGUCAUUCUGAGGUGCGAAAACUUGGACGAUUUUUCAAAGUCAGGUGAGAAAGCCAAGAACUCUCACCUGAGCUCCUUUCGAAGGGUAUUAAAGAUAAAGUUACAGAAACGAAUGCCCGACCAAAUGCUACAGUCCACCGGCAUGCAAGGUAUCUACGUAAUGCUGAAGCAGAUCCAACUACGUUAUUGCGGCCACAACGUGAGAACUACUGAUGAGUGCAUGCCGAGUGGGCUCUUUGGUGCUUUGUUAUGGGGCACUUACAAGAAAGUGGAGCAACGCGACGCCACCGGUGCACGCUAAAGACUUCCCUUAAGUAGUUAAGAUUAAUCGAGAGACCUGAGAAGAGCUUGCAAAGGAUCGACAAACAACCGACAAAACUGAAACUGCAAUCUCCAAAACCAACAGGAUAGUGAGGGUUAGGGGAAUUGAUGAACAGGCAGGAAUGAAAUGUCGUGGACCAGCGUCACACUCACCUCCUUAUCUAAGGUCCAGACUGACCUUGUUGGACGCCUCCUGAUCAACUGCGAUGUCAGCAUGACCGAGCCACUCCCCAAACAAAGAAACACUGACAGUGUCUCCGUAUCUUUCCCCUCUGUGAAUCCACUCUGUCUCUGUUCGCCCUGACUGGGUACCUUCACAGUCACUAAUACUGGAACGCCACCAGGACACAGAAGAAAACUGCCACUAGUACGGACUCAGGACAGACAUUUUCCAACAGUGAUCGUAUAUUCCAACUGCUCGUCGUCUUGUUUGAACAUUUGCAAAUCAAUCACAGCACAACUGGAUACCCCUCCAAUAUCUGUCCCGCCCACGCAUGUGUAUGUGUGCGCGGCGCACGCUUGAACCUGCUACGAUGCACUAAGAGUCAUGUCUUGGAAGGUUACUAACUGACGGGAUACCUCGGUCCUCAAGCUGGGCAUUCUGCGGGCCUAGAGGACUGCAAUGGCUCCUGAAUGUGGCCUUUAUGAGAUUCUAGUCGCCUUUCUUGUUGCCGGCUACAUGACGUGGAACCAGGUCUUGUGUGUCACGCAUAGGUCGUCUUAACUCUGUAAUGCCAUCGGAGCAAGGCGGCUGAGGGGAGAGAUGAUAUGAUUGAUGCGGAGCAGGCCAGCCUCAAGGUAAGUUAAUUCACGCGCAAGUUACCGGUGUUGCGCCUGUUCCUCGAAGCAUUCAGUGGACGUCGUCGUUUCUGACUGUCGAACUGUUCGUUUUCGCAUAUGCGGUACGGAGACUUAAGUGACGUCAUCCACUGAGUCCGAUUUCACCACUAGUUUGCUCAAAGAGACUACUUGGUUAUGUAGGCGGUCGAUCCAGCUCGGAUCCGAUGCCUAGUUUCCUUACUAUAAAAGACUUCUCUUUUUAUAUUAUUAUGAUGCGCCGAUAGUCCUGGCAUAGGUUGCCAACUGAUAGUCGAACGCGGUUCUAUUUGGAACCAGGAGUCAUGCUGCAAUGGCCCCGUUUCAUGUUGCCUUUAUGGCGCCUCUCUUGUGUGGCGUCCGAGACUCUUUUCUGCAAAAUCAGGGAACAGGCCGUGUGUGACUCGCGCAGACGGGCCGUUUAGUUUCGUCGGCAGCGUCGUCAACGCCCAUUUCCGGUUUUUACUUUGCCCUGCCAUCGGAACAUGGCGGGUUUGGAUGUCGAGUGUGUUAUGGACGCAUUGAGUCUGCAUUUGUGCCCCCUCCCCCGCCCCCCCCCCCAAACGGGUCACAUUGUACAUGCGCUAGACCGACACGCGGGUCAUAUCGUAUUCUGGCAGGCGUUAUCGGAUUGUACACCACAACAAAUGCUAACAUUUCGAGGUGCGGUGACAGACUCGGUUCUCGGCGGAUGUCGCACACAUUGGGACCCCUGCCGUUCCCCGUGUUGUUGUUUUUGGAUAAAAACCUGGUCAUUUGCUAUGUGGACCAGGGGCUUGUGGAGUGGAGCGCCAAAGUGCGGGCUUGAUCAUACCGUCCGCCCGCGCCCUCCCCUACCUCCGUCUUUUUGGCUCUGUCUUGACACCCGAUCCAGGUGCGGGAAGUGUAGCGUACGGCAGAUGCAACGGAAGUAUACCACCAUUAUAAACUAAACCGCGCACAAGUCACCGUCCCCGUUCACACCUUACUGUGGCGCACACGGUGGACAUCGUCGAAAACGACAGUCGAACUGUCAGAUCUGCUUCUAAGCGCAAGUCACGUCUGUGUCCGCCUCGCUGUGUAGUGGUGAUCCUCAUCGCUAGCACAGUCGAACUAUUGUCUUUGUUUUCGUCCUGUAUUCCCAUGCUUCUGAAACAAGCUCUGGCCCAGAUUCCUUUAUGAUUCACGAUCCAUAUCCUCGCCAAAUAUAUCGGACCUUAUGAUAGGAGGAAGUUGAAUCCUAAUUUCCUCAGAAUACGGCCCAGGAUAUUGCCCUUUUACCUCUCCAUUCGCAUUUAUCAUCUACCUGGGAAGACUACUCAAAUGUUACGUUUUUUGAACUUUAAGCAAAUUUGCAGGGACAUGUUUUAUUUUUGCCUAGCCAAACGCUCCCUAAUGUCUGUUUUAACCUAUUCCGCCUCUGAUGUCUGCUUCUUUGCCCAGUCUCACUCCGUAAGGGGCCUUGGAACGUGUUACAUACGUUUUAAGUGUCAGCCGAGUAUAGUCCGCAUCCUGUGACUCGAGCUGCCAUUUCGCCUAUAAAAUGUCCGAAAUGGUUGAGGACGAUGUUUAAAUAACGCCAGGAGCAGUGCCAGCAUUUUUUUCGAUCUGCUUUCUGGAGUCCAUUUUUUUCAUCGCGACAGAUGACCCUCCCUUGACUCGUCCUCAUGGUCUAUUUUGCCAACUACCUACUUCGCAUCCUCCGAAUAGAUCCGAGUGAUGUAGGCAAUGCUAGCCGGUGUAGACGGCCAUGUGUGGAAAAAACUCCCAACCGUCCGAGGCCAUACAACUGGGCCAUCUGGAGAUUUCUGCGUCAUGGGAGAAGUUAAUGUGUGUCUCCCCCAAUGACUGAAUCAGUACUGAUCUAAUGCGGGAUCUAAAGCUCUUCUGCUAGGAAUGGUAGUAGCAAUAAAUAAACCAAACAAUGGCGGCAAGAGGUUGACCCAAAGCUGAAUUUGAAGCAUUUUGGAUCAGACAGACGUCUAGGUUUUCGUACUAAAUUGGAAAUUCGGCAACAGUGGAGGUAAUGAAAGAGGACAGACUGCUUAAAAAGUUCACGCUUUGGGGGCCACACCCAUUUUUUCACCAUCAACCACGGUAGUCGCUCCUGUGCUAAGAGGCAAUGGACUAACGCGCUCUUACUCUUUCUGCAGCCACCCGGAAAGAAACUGUCUAGUUACGGACGACGUCAGAUCGACGGGGAGUUGCGCGUUCUAAACCACCAGGAUUCGAAAUCGAAGAUUAGGUGAGUUCUUUCCGCUACCCUUCCUGAUUUUUGUGUGCGUUGAUGGGUUUGAAGCACUAUGUAUACGGCUUUUUCAAGCCAAUUGUUUAACUUUACGUGCCACAAAUUGUCCGAUUAAACAAAACACCCACGCAACAUCGACUGUCAACUUCCGUGAUGCCGGGCGCCUGCGCGCCCGCCUGUGACACUCUGAUUUCGAUGUCAUAUCCGGCGUACAUUGAACAUCUGUCUACUCGUUUAGCCUCCCUGCGCUUUAUCUGUUCGAUUCAGCGGCCAGACCGUUUCUUGAGUCGAAACGCCCCCUCCUCCACCCCCUCAGUGUUAUUACCAUCAUUAAGAGUACGUCGAUUUCCACCCUCAAUCUUGCACAUUUUCUGUCUUGGAUUUGACGUAUGUUCACGGGCACCCACCAGUUCAAAGUACAACACAGUCCACAUCGGAUUAUAUGCCAGUCCAGGUUCUUGACUCACUGACCAAUGUUUUGCGUAGCACUCGGUGGAACCUAGUAUGACGAAGAAGACUUUUAAAAUGUCACUCUGUUCAUGUGUUUUCUUAAAGUAAGUAGUCAGUAAAAAAGUAAGCUUGCCUGCGUUUUAAAACAAAAAGUAGUUGUGCUACCUAUUUUGAUUGCGGAGAAUUUGCUACUCAUACAAAUUAAGUAAUUGCGCCUUCUGGACGCGUGACCAAAUUUGCGCAUUCCAUGAAAUUUGGCAAAUAUUGCAGAAUUCGGGGUCUUCACAUGUGUUUUAUGGUCACAUCUUUUCGGGUAGUAGACAACUAAGUCGAUAAACGUUUAGGAGUGCGAUAUCGCUUCUGGAUGAUGCUCUGGGUUUAUGUCGCUUUUAUCCGUCGUCCGUUGUCGGCGUAGGAAUGGUGGAAAGUAAACAAACCACAGAACCUACUUCCUUCGACUGCAGUACAUUUUUACCCUAAAUCCAGGCUGUUCUCACAGCCUGUCGCCCACCGUUCUGAAAUCGCGACAGAAGUCCUCGGGUUACGGCCUACGCCAGCAUCAUUUAGCACGUCAUUUCUCUAAAAUCACAGAUUUACGUUGUAGGUGUUUUGUAAAAUAAGAGCAUCCUGCAUUUCCAUGAUUCGAGGUCCAUAAUCGCUAUUUGAAGCUUAGGUUUUAAGCAAUAAGUUGGCGUUUGUUGGACCUCCAAACACAUCAGUACUGAAUUCAUAUAAGUGGUAUUUUACUUUUAAUUAUUCGAAUUAGUUUAUUUUAAUGUAAGCCCCUCCCACCUGUCCGAGAGUCUUAUGCGUAGAGGAAAUGGACAAAUCAUCGCAUGCCAUUUCUGGUGGCCAAGCGCUGAGAGUACUUAGAGCGCUACAAUAUUCAAGCCAAAUCUCGAGUUGUUGUAAAAAAACUAAAGUCACCGGAUUGGGGGGAGGGGGCCACUGAAUUCAGAACCCUGAGUUGUCCUCCCAGGCGACAGUGGCCGCUGGCGAAGCCAGUGCUAGUGUGGACUGCGUCCACUCGUACCUGAGAGUUAAUGAGAUGGGGAUGGCCGCUGCUUUUGUGGAAUUGAGACCAGUUCAGGUGGUGCCCAAUUGGUGAGUUUAACAUUUGCCGGGGGCUGGUAUGUUCAAGUGGCACAUGGGCUACUGCGACUCUGAACGCAGGUGCGUCCGAGUUGAAGUCGGUCGAGUGGCUGCAGGCCAGCGUGUCUGGAAUCGUCACCUGCGAAUAUGAAUGACCUUGACACAACGGGACCUUGAACAAGGACGUCAGCCAUCAUGGCAAUGACGGCUGUCGUCAGCACAUUCAUUAUAGCGAGUGUUUCUCAAGGUACUAUUUUUAGAUUCAUGUAAAACCUAAUGAAUUUCACUUAUCAUGUGAAAUUUUCACUACAUUUAUUCCUUGCUUGUUGAGGUUAUGUUAGCACCGUCUCACUGGUCGAAACUAAUUUCCGACGUACUUUCCUCAUGUCACUAGCCGUCGAAAGGAGAACGGACACCACAAGGACAUCAUUUAUUCAAACAUCUUGAAAUUGAGGAACAGGUUCCGAGAGAUCUGUGUUCUAUGAGGGUUCAAAACGGUCCUCUGUUAAAUUUAGAACAACAUUCUUCGCAGUCGGAAGAAUACCAAAAGCCGGCAAAAAAUCACAAGCGUUCAACAGUAGGACGCAGAGCAAUACCGCCAGUAUUGACUUACUCGUCCUCUCAUUGUCGUUGUGCAUUCCGGGGGUAGAUUGCACCAGUUGUACACUACCAGCAUAAGCCCUCCGUGCAGCAUUCCAAACUCCGCGGACUGCAAGGGAUUGUUAUUCACGAUGGUGUCAGUAUAAAUAAUUAACAUCAUUGUCCGAAAGUGGGCAGAACCAGCACCGCCCAGGCAAGCUCACAAUGCUAACUUGCUCGUGCCUUCGUUUUCGCUGAGGCGGACCUUCACUCCGAUUUUCUCACGCUGACUCAGUUUCUAUGACAAACACAAACAAGACAACUGGAGGUGGACCUCCGAAACCACACUCACGCACACCAGGACUCUAAUCGCUUCCCUUUCCCAAAUCAGCUGAGAUUGCGUGUCAGAGCGGCUGAAGACGCGGGUCAAAGAGCAUAUAUUGGGCUAGUUUGUGGUGACCAGUUUGACCUUAACGGUUGUAUCCUGGCCCGACACAGUCUGUCAUGACAUGGAAUUGGUUCUCGAGCCUUCGGUAUUUGGUCUCCGUCGUAGGUAAAGAGAAUAGGUUAAGGUGUCCUGCUCUACUGCCGCGGAUCACCACGCGUGAGGUACAGUCCGUGGCACCAUCGAGGCCGGUUAGAUCAGACAUGGUCGAAGCCGUACCAAGUACAAGUAAAUAAGUCAGUAUAUUUAAGACGAUGAAGAACCGAUAACGCGUUAGUCCGCACAUUGACCGGGCAAGCUGCCUUGCUGGCGGAAAUAGGAAAACGGGGCGUAGUCCAUGCUGGUACUCACUGCCUCAUCACAGCGAAUCCUUGCAUAAGUUAAGUCAUCGCAAAUUCUUAGGAGUAGCAGUUUUGAAAUUUUGCACCUGGACUUCUAGGCUGUGCAUCAGGUUAGGGUCGUUUUAUAUUAGCUUGAUUCUGAUAGCAACUCUUACGAAUACAGUUAUCCAAGUCGGAAGUCUUGGUCACUCUGCGUGAUGUAGCAAUUUGCUUCAAGCGCAUUAAUCGGGUUGAAAUACCCGACGAAUUAACUAUUAUUUUGUCCGUUCGUCCUACCUAACUGUUUACAAGGGCAGGAAAUGUCUAUCAGUAUCAGUAUCAAUGUAUUUCAGGGAACGAGGGAGGAACCAGACAGAUACUGCGUGUUGUAGUCGGCCCAACACGCGAGCUAUCAGCAGCAGGAAAGAAUUGUCAGCUUGCGUAGACAGUUGAAUUGCCAACUGUUUUCGUACCCUGGUAUUUCCUGGUAGGGCCGAACGGAUGCGGCGUGCGAGUUUCUUAUCAGAACUGCUCAUGCGAUCUGCCGUUAGACUAUUGCUCACCUAGUACUCCUGUAGCGCAACCAGUGCACACUUGGUCCGAUGGGGGCUUCCGUCUCAGCCCUUGUCACCCCCAAACUUCAUUACCUUGUGGCGCUUACUGCUUUGAUAAUUCUUUUAAUCUUGAUUGUAAAAAACGCAGAGUAAGCAGGCUAUUCCACUGACUCAUGCACACAUUGUCCGUUGCCUAAAAGGCGUUAGAUGGGGUCUUCGCUACGCGUCAGACAAUACGCUAGCAGUCGUCGCUUGAAAGGUAGCAAACUGACGAGCUUACUCGAUCCUCUUCAGAACUAAGGCUCAGUCCCGAAUGACUCCAUCUUAACAUUAGCCUUUAUGGCGCUUUAGCCUUUGUGAGACCCAAGACUCUCUUAGUGAAACCUGGUUCAUGGGAAAUUUUGGUCCAGAUUGUGUGUGGCAUGCGCAGACGUGACGUUUGGAUUGGUCAGCCAUCACACACGCACGCCCAACCUCAGUCGUCUUGAUUUUGUCUUGCCAUUGGAACGCGUCGGAUGAGAGUAGGUACACGCAACGCAAAACUGUCGUUCUAUAAACAAAUUCUCACACACAAGUCACUGCCGCGCCCGCCUCGUGGGUGUCAUUGGUGAGCCGCGUCUCCUGUGACGUUCGAACUAUCGGAUGACUCGCGUGUCCAGAAUCAUCCGCCUAUUUCGCUGGAGACUUCUUAGCGUCCACUGUGUGCCUUCCGUUCUCCGCCUGAGAGUGUGAUUUCGUAGUAUCAUGUUGUAUGAGAAAACGUCCAUUAGGAUACGUUUAUUUGACAACUGGUGUCUUAGCCGGCCAUUCUGACCCCUCGUCAUCAAAGACUACCCAUUUCAGACUUCAGAUCGGGUUAGAAAUUUCACAAGUUGUCUUGAGUUCCUAUGCUACUGCCAGCAUCGACUUCGUUUUUUUCAUUCUGUGGUAAGAUAUUCGUCCUGGUCUUGGAGGGGGGGGGAGGGGGGGGGGUUUGCAGUGCCCAUGACUUUUGCGUAUGCUCUGCUGGGCGUUAAUGCGGAACUUCCCAAGCUUUUGGUCACGGACGUGAUUUGGGCAUUAAAUCUUUCAUGGUGAAGCAGACUUGCCCAACUAAUUCCCGCUAUCUCCUCCCAUUCCCGUUAUGCCUCAUUGGAAACAGUCAAGAAGACCGUAGGUGAGCAUGACACAGUUGCUGAGAGGGCUCUGACCCCAUUUAUCGUACCUCACAUCAUUUGGGAAGGGUUUUAGGAUUUUACACAAGUGCAAAUGACAUAUAGGCCGUGAUAAGAAGUCCUCGCAACCUGCCCUUCAAUUCUAAGUAGGACCGAAUUACCUCUUUAGUUGACAACCUCAAAAGCCGCGACUUAUCGCGCGUGAUAGCUUCAGGCACGGUAGAUUGAUUUUAGGGAGCAAUUUAUGGUUUUUCGUGCAGAUUACUUCUGCCUCAGUAUCGACCUCAUUCACCAUUUCCGCUUUCCUACACAUCAGCUAACUAUACGAGCCUGCCAGUCAGCUGAUGAUAAUUGCGGGCACAGCGCCUCCGUGAAUAUGUGUCGCACACAUGCCCGUCCCUCUACCAAUCGAGACGAGUCAUCGCCACGUUGCACGCUCCUUGCAUAAUGAGAUGUAUUUUCCCACAUCCGGCGUUUUGCCCAUCAUAACUACGUUGGUAAAUUGCAUCAUAUAUCUAUUACAUGGGUGGGUUGUGAUGCUCUGGUUGCUGGUAUGUAUAUGCGCGUGACCUAAUAGGCCAAUGCGGUGUCCGAAUGUUCCUGAACAAGGCGUGCGCGAGAGUUAUAUGUCGGCGUUCCAGAUACUGAUUCUUCGGUCGCACUUCGAUAAAUUCACAGGUGUUCGACCAAGCCGGUGCGUGAUUUGAAUGCCUAGUCACGAUGACGACAACUGGGACCUAUGUCUGCAUUGCUGAUUGGGAUGGCGGUGGUUGCGAGUGUCUCUUAUGUCUUGGUGAGAGGACUGCAUCCAAUGAUGACGUUGCUAGUGGUGUUUUGUGAUGUGAGUUGUGAGGUGGUCGUAUGGGGUUCAGAGAUGUUCAUUGAGCCAGUCUGCGCCUUGGAUUUAUUUUGGAAAUGCAGACAGAAUGUCAGUGGUUGGGGACUUGUGUCGGUUGUGCGCAACGGCUGAGUGUUGCAUUGCCUUCAUCUCUGCUGUUCGGUUGGCUUUGAAGUAGGCUGUUCCACUAUUUAUAGCAGUGUACCACGCUUGUCGAAUCUGCGCGAGGCUUUCCCAAGACACGCAAUUCCGUUCUGCGGACAUUGUUUACGGCGUAAUCCUCAAACAGUCACUUGGACAAGAUCUCGUAAUCCAGUUUGGCAGUGUUGCGACUCCAACGCGGUUGUAUCUGCCUAGGCAUGAGAUAGAUACUGGGAGCGACUGUUCCUUUCAAGACCUCAGUGCCUGGUAUAUUUUCUUACCACCUCAGCUGCACUUCUCAACGAAAGUACUUGAGAGAAAAGCGACCGAGCCUCUCUUUUUGGCUUUAAUACCGCCCAUGUCUGCACGCCGUGCAGGAUCGUAGCCAAUAAAUCCGCCCUGCACAUUCGCAGUUCCAUGUUGGGAUAGAUGCCGCGAUGAUUGCCUGUUCAGUAUUGUAGCCUGAUGCAGGCCUGGCCGAUCUGGUUUACAAUUUCGUUGUUGAUCUUGAUGCUUCCGAUAUAGUUGCAAGAGUACUUCCCAGGCAUGCGAAUUUGUUUAGUGAUGUGAGGCGAGUGCCAUUGACACUAUGGGUUUGUUUUAGUCAGCAGUUGGCUCCAGCUAGUCUAAGACCCUUGUGUUCUCCGUGCUUAUCGGCGGUCCGAGGUUGGAGCUUUCGUAGUCGCGGAGGUUGUGCGUUAAUUCGGUAGUUCGUGUUGGUUUCUGACCGCUGCUCGCGGUAGGCGUCCAUCAAGAUGGCGAUGAACAUGGGACUGAAGACAGCAGGAGCGAGUACUCAGCGCAGCUUCUCUCUUGUCAUCGCGACUGCUUUAGAGAUCGUAAUGCGCCGUUGUGUGGAUCGCCCUGUAUGCUUUAGUCUCAUCAUGAUUUGCCUUAUUUCAUGUCUGUGUUCAAGUAGUCCGUCAGGUCUACGGGGAGGGCUUAGGGUUGCUCCGCAUCGCCUGUCACUUUUCUUGAAGUUAGUGCACGACGAAAAUCAUGGGCGUGAUUUCAUGGUCUUUCUGAAACCGGCUUUGCAUUUCUGGAGGAAGUCGCUGCCCUACAUGUGUGGUCAGGCGGUCGAGUAGGACUCGGGAAAAUCUUACCAUCAAUGCUGACAGAAGAGAUUCUGUUGUGGGUGUCACAGAUUUGACAACUCUAUUUGCGUUUGUUCAGAUGAAAAAUUGUUACAUUUUCCGGGACCAGUCAUUUAUUUUACUGCGUGGGGUUUUUAAGGUGGCCAGAAAGAAGCCACCGCCGAGCACUAGAUGCUGGUCGGGCAGCACAGAAUGGCCACUUCAUUCAGUAAGGCAUAUAAGAGGACUGCGGACAUACAAAAGCAGGUUCCCUACCAGGGCAACUUAUAUAUCCUGCCUAAUUUACGCCGAGAACAGUAGCUGGCCCAUCUUAUGAAAUGUGUUUCCGAUUAGAAAGGGUUACCGAGGUGCGGUUCGAAUAUUGACCUUCGUGCAGCAUAAUCCCAAGAUAUUUCAGUCACGCCAGGGUGCCGACUUUUGACUGACCGGUAACCAUCGGGAGAUGGCACCCAAAAAAAUCCGCCUAACCAAAACAGCCUGUUUUACGGGACAGGCGGUAACAAGGGUUUUAUGGGUGGUGGCUGGUCGCGAUGUACGAUACUAGCCGACAGAAAGCCUUAUUUGAACAGGUGAAUGAUCGAAGUUGGCCCGCUCUCCGUUCCGUUAUUUCAAAAUGGGUCGUCAAAGGCAGUGUAGUGGUAACGGACGAGUGGAAGGCGUAUAAUCGUCUUCCCUCAGAAGAUUAUCUACAUUUCUCUGUUAACCACUCAAAGAACUUCAAGGUCCCUACCACCAGACGGCACACCAAUGCCACUGAGGCAUAUUGGAGUAGACUGAAAAGGGAACUCCACGAGGGAGGCCCUGCAUGUGGUCGAGCUGUGUGGGUUCACAUAGACGAAGUACAGUAUCGUCUUUGGUUUGGCCUCAAUGCCAUGUCCUUGACAGGUGCCUUGGAACUGUUCCUGUCCCAUGUUGUGCAGACUUAUCUUAGUUAGAAGUGAUUUUGUUUUGUAAUAAACUGCCAUAAUGGGAAUGUAUGCCGUAUGCUCAGUUGUGCGUGUGUAACGAUGGGGAAGGUUGGGUAACAGCGACCAUUGUCCAUGUAACCUCCUGCCAGCCCAUGUUAGGCCGUCUCGGAAAGUCCAAGGAGUGCGUGAAAGUAGGCCUGCAACCGCUGGUAUAGCCUGAAGGCGUUUGAGUCCACUGUUAUUGGUAUCAGUUCUAGGUAACGGAUUUUUUUGGGUGCCAUCUCCCGAUUGUCCGGCCACCAGAAAAAACCGCACUAGGUCGAAAAGUACUACUUAAGCAGCAUGACAAUAUCCCAUUGACCUCCUAUGCUCAUAUUAAUUCAAACAUAUGAAACAUGCACAAAAAUACUCCUUCUUGUGCUCAUUUGAUGGCAAAUCAUGUCAUCUUUAAAUGGCACGCUUAGAGUUUGAAAGGCUUUUAAUUCCUGAGUAAUUUCGGAACCGACCUGCAGUUGCACUUGCGCUGAGGGUUUCCAAAAUACAUGGCGUACACAUUCCUUGUAAGGAAAGUCACACCUUUCUAUUUGCAAUUAUUAAGAGGUCACAUAGGGCCCAUGAAGCUUUAUAAUGCAUAUAGACAAUGCUGUGCACUCCAUCAGCAGCAUUUGUAAAUGGGCGGAUACGAUGCUGUACGAAUGCACAUUUCGCGGUCUUAAAAGGCCCAUAAUAUGAAACUCCCUUAAAACCAGAAGAUACUUUUUCUUCAAGCCUAAAAUCCGAAGAAGACAAGAAAGCAAUUUGCCUCCAAAUGAGUGCAAGAAGGAAUAUUUUUGUGCACUUUUUCUAUUUAAUAUAUUUAAAUUUAUCAGAAUAUCAAAAAUAAAUGGGAAAAAAUCAUGCUACUUAAACAGUAGUUUUUACGAAAUAUUACUUGUGUGAGCGGUCGAUAAGGAGCUCAUUUGAAAGCCAGGCUCUGGUGUGACUGGAACAUCCUAAGAUUAUGCGACACGAUAGUUUGAAUGACAACCCCACUUAAGUAAUCUUUUCCAAUUGAAAACACAUUUCAGUCAACGGUCCUUGAGAUAGCAAAUCUACUGUAUGACGGACAGUUAUAGCAGGUACAACAAUAUUGUAGGUUUUUGGCCCCUCUUUAUUCAUCCUCUGAGUCAGGAAACAGUUUUCGCCUCUCCACUCAAAAAUUGUGAGCGAGAUCACCGAAGAAAGACAUUCAACACAUUAUCUUCCUAUUGUGUGGAGCAUUUUAUUGGUUGCAUCCCCUUUCAUUCGCUGUUUAACUUCGUUUGCGAUAUGAGACCGAGUGUCCUAAGCCAGUUAGUUUACUCGUUUGCAAUCUCAUUUAGAUGCGAUGUGGUUGGGCGUUGCCACUGAGAAUCACAGGAACUUCGACCUGGCAAUGCAGCCUGCCCAUCGCAUAACAUCCAGUGCACCUCUUGGAGACAGUGAUAGUUUGCAAGAGUUUCAGCCAUCUUUCGCAAGUUGUGGUGAAUGAGUUCGACUGCAAGCCAACGUACUAAAUACGUGCUCGAUUUAAUUUCUGUUCGGAAAAGUGCCUUAGCACCCGUGCAUUGUGCCGAUCGUUGACGGUUGCCGUAAAGGUUUCACAUUUUAUUUGCAUUUCACGGGCCGAACAAAAAGUGCAAUUCCGGCUUUGCGAAAGAUGGAUGAAACACAAUUUAACUAUUUCCCCUCAAACCUGUACCGUCCGAAUGGAGUUUUUAGGAUUUCUGUCGUUUACUUCAAAUAUACUGAUUGAUACUGACUGACUGAACUUACUAACGGCAGUCCCACUGAUCGUCUAACAACUGUGCCUUCAGUCUGGUCGAGCCUUCACCUAUGCAUGUUGCAGCGACUUUAAAAUUAUUUCCCACCCGACAUGACAAAUUACAUCAUCUUUUUAAUGUAGACCAUUCCUCGAAAAUCGGAUUCACUGUGGUUCAAGUCCUCUGAGACAGCCAGGUCUACCUACUAUGGUCUAUCUUAUCAUGAAAGUGCUGCGUCAAUUUCGAAGGUAACAUGCGUGUACGACAGGGGAAGGAGGGGAGGAUGUAGUCGAUCUGUCUUUAUGGUGACAUUUGCGGCCAUAUGUUGUCGGUGCCAAUUACACAGAUGCAUACGCG